GCCAUACGUCGCGUCUCUAUGCUAAAUAUAAUAAAUAAUGGAUGCGGUCUCUUAUUGUACGCCGAACGCGACGGGAAACUGCUGUACGCACCUAUGAUGUUGAUGUUUAGUUAUUUUCGAGCAUUGUAGCGUACCUACUGCACGCAUUUUUAACCUUGCGCAAUGAGUCAAUUUAUUAAUAAAAGAGAAAAAGACGAAUUGUUAAUUGAAUUGGUCAAAAGCAACAGGUCAAUAUAUGAUGCCAGUGAUAAGAAUUACAAAAACAAUAUUGAAAAAGACAAAUGUUGGGAAAAAAUAAGUGAAAUGAUUGAAAUGUCAGUUUCAGAAUGCAAAAAACGUUGGAAAAGUCUUCGAGACCAAUACAACAAAAAGAAAAAAGAUUACGGAACUGGAUCAGCAAGAGUAGAUACAAGUUGGGAAUAUGGAACACUGAUGUCAUUUUUAUCAGACAGUGUACAUGAUAGACGGGAAACUAAAACAAGUCAAUCAGCGUGUCAGCAGAUAUCAUCGCCUAUGCAAGAAAACAUUCAAGAUGACACGCAAAACAAUGGACAAGAAGUCACGCAAGAUGAAAUACAAGAGGACAUACAACAUUCAUUCGACGAUACACAUAAGAAAAUGCAAGAAAACACACAAAGGCAAAUGCAAAAGAAAGAUAAUGCAGAACAACAGCGCCCAUCCAAACACCAAAACCCAAAAAAGUAGGCAUGAUUCAACACUAGAAUUACUAAAUAAAAGAGAAGACGAACGAUCUCUAGUAUAUAAAAAGAUUUUUGAAAAACAUUCUCCACUACAGCCAUCAGCAAUACGAAAUUUUUUUGACUCGAUGGCUGAUGUGGAUACUUUUCCACUAUGUGACCAGGCAGACAUUCGACUAAAAGUCUGUCAGUUGGUCACCGAGAGAGAGAUUCAACUUAGUACACCACAAACCCCAUAUGUUGCAGCUCCAGUGUCAUCCGAUAAUUCGAGUGCUAUGACAGUAUCGACCCAUUAUGUUGCAACGCCGAUGACAUCUGAUGAAUCAAAUACACCACAGACACUGUAUGUUUCGACUCCGAUGCCAUCAACUGAUGAUUCGAAUUUUACUUGGUUGUAACAUGUUGUAUAAUAUUAAGGGCUAACACUGAGUGUAUUGAAAAACACUGUGGCUUGUAUUUUGCUAUGUACCAACAUUUUGCGACUCUCUGCAACGAUUUGAUACUACAAUGGUUUUUGGCAGAACCUUACUUAGGUCUGUGUUCAAGUACAUCCGUAAGCAAAUGCUGGAUGAAUUCCAUCGCGAACGAGAUAGUACACCUCAAGAGGAAAAGAGAAUACUACUGCUCACAAACUUUCCAACGUUCUUGAAUCAACUGGAAGAAGAAAUAUAUGCCCCAAAUUCACCUAUUUGGCACCCAGAAUUUAAGACACAGUCAUUACAUUUUCAGUCUAUUUUGGAUUCAAAAUUGAAAGCGAAUACAAGCUCAUCAAGGAAGGGCGAAUUUGAAAAAGUUACGUUAGGCCAUACAGACAGAGAAGGUUUUACCACAAGUACAUUGAGCCCUGGUAAAUCUGCUCGGAGCUCUGAUACGCCCUUACGGGAGGCAAAAAGGAAAAAGUUCCAGGAAGAACAGUUUGAAGAUAUUCCGGAGGAAACAGUCGCUGAAAUUAUGGCUACAAUUGACGAUCCCAAUUAUAUGACAGGUCCUGAUAUGGUGUUUUCUGAGAAUGCUCCUGCCACAGACGAAGGUCCAAAACUGGAGGAGAAGCGUAAUAUUAUCCAGUUGCAUGUAAUUGGUAAUAGUCUUACCAAACCAGUUACCAAACAGACGAUGUUGUGGUUAGUUGGAUUACAAAAUGUCUUCUCACAUCAGCUGCCGAGGAUGCCUAGAGAAUACAUAACACAGCUCCUCUUUGACCCGAAGCACAGAACUCUCGCUCUGAUCAAGGAAAACAAACCAGUAGGGGGUAUUUGUUUCAGACCUUUUCCCACUCAAGGGUUCACUGAAAUUGUAUUUUGCGCAGUCACUUCUAGAGAACAGAUAAAAGGAUAUGGAACACACUUGAUGAAUCAUCUGAAAGAUUAUCACAUAUCCAAAGGAAUCUUGAAUUUCUUAUCCUACGCUGAUCAGAAUGCAAUUGGGUAUUUUGAAAAGCAGGAAUUUUCUAAAGACAUCAAAAUGAAUAGGCUUGCAUAUCAGGGCUACAUAAAAGAAUAUGAAGGCGCAACAUUGAUGCACUGUGAACUGAAUCCAAAGAUAAUUUAUACAGAGUUCACCACUGUUGUCAGAAAACAAAAGAAAUUCAUAAAACAGUUGAUUUACCAGACACAGAGAACUGUUUCGAAGGUUCAUCCUGGUGUGACUUUUUUCAAUGAAGGUGUGAGAAGUAUUCCUAUAGAAUCAAUCCCAGGAAUAGAAGAAACUGGUUGGAAACCUACUUCUAGAACUACCAGAGGUCAACAGCUGGAGGAAUCUCAAGAUGUUGAUACUUUGACCAGCAUGUUGAAAAUUGUUUUGAAUGCCGUUAAAAGCCAAGAAGAGGCCUGGCCAUUUAGGCAACCAGUAGAUAAAAAUAAAGUGACUGAUUACUAUGACCACAUUAAAUAUCCAAUGGAUCUGAAAACGAUGACUGAACGUCUGAAGUCUCGGUACUAUGUAUCGAGAAGGCUGUUUAUUGCAGAUAUGAUGAGAAUAUUCACCAACUGUAAGAUUUACAAUUCGCCAGAAACAGAGUACUACCAGUGUGCUUUGACAUUACAGCAGUAUUUUAUUACAAAGAUGAAAGAAAUGGGCUUAUGGGAUAAGUAGAAAUAUGUAUUAUUUUCAAUAUAAGAUAUAUAUUUAUUAAUGUUGUGUUUCUAUUUAAUAAAUGAAC